AUGGUAUCCCGAACCUUCCCCAGAAUGGCCGGAUUCAUCUUCCGGGAGAACCGUGUCCCCUACUACCAACGCCUCUUCCAGAAAAAUGACGGCAAGCGCAUCUGGAACAAGUCCCACCGCAGCCCGUACCUUCUCUACCCAUUCUACAUCUCCCUCUUUGGCUCCUUCGGUGCGUCCUUCUACGCCAUGUGCCGAACCGUUCUUGGUUACAAAACCUGGUAUUAA